AAGUUCAGAAAGAAAAUGGCUGUUGUUGAGUCACUUCUGCAGUUUGCCAGCACAGGCACAUUGCUCAGUGCUUUGCUGUUGUUACUGGUUUUGUAUUUAGUUUCAUCUGGAUCUGGAUCUCAGAAAGAAGGGAAAGAGCCACCAGGACCCAAACCACUGCCCCUUGUGGGGAACCUGCUGACCCUUGACCUCACAAGAGCCUUCGACACUUUUUUUGAGUUGUCCAAAACCUAUGGAAAUAUAUUCCAAGUGUUUUUGGGGCCCAAAAAAACGGUGGUCCUAGUUGGAUACAAAACGGUCAAAGAGGCGCUUGUGAACUUUGCAGAAGUGUUUGGUGAUCGAGAAAUUGGACCUAGCUUCAGGAUAAUGAAUGACGAACAUGGAAUUGUCUUUUCCAAUGGAGAGAACUGGAAAGAGAUGCGACGCUUUGCUCUCAGCAACUUGCGGGACUUUGGGAUGGGCAAAAGAGGAAGUGAAGAGAAAAUCAUUGAAGAAAUUCAUUAUCUCAAAGGAGAAUUUGAUAAGUCUGAAGGGAAAGCCUUCGACACAACACAGCCUGUGAACUACGCUGUCUCAAACAUCAUCUCGUCUAUUGUGUACGGCAGCAGAUUUGAAUACACAGACCCUCAAUUCACAGAAAUGGUUGAUAGAGCAAAUGAAAAUGUCCGGGUUGGUGGAUCAGUUUCUAUGGCUCUUUACAAUAUGUUUCCAUGGUUGGGUCCAUUUCUGAAAAGCAAAAGGCUUGUUGAAAAAAAUAUUAUCGAGAGCAGAGCACAGAUGACGAAGUUGAUCAAUGCUCUACUGGAGACACUGAAUCCACAUGACCCCAGAGGCUUUGUUGACUCCUUUCUCAUCCACAAACUGAGCGAUGAGAAAUCUGGAAAGAAGGACUCAUACUUUCACAAUGAAAAUCUAAUGAUGAAUGUGACAAAUCUGUUUGUCGCUGGUACUGACACCACAGGAACGACUCUGCGCUGGGGUCUGAUGCUCAUGGCCAAGUACCCCCAGAUACAGGAUCGAGUUCAAGAGGAGAUUGACAGAGUGAUUGGUGGACGUCAGCCAGUGGUGGAAGACAGGAAGAAAUUACCAUAUACAGAUGCUGUGAUUCAUGAAAUUCAGAGAUUUGCCAACAUCGUACCACUGAAUCUUCCACACACAACUAGCCGUGACAUUACUUUCAAUGGAUACUUCAUCAAGAAGGGAACUACAGUUGUUCCUCUGCUGACGUCUGUUCUGAAGGAUGAAAGUGAAUGGGAGAAACCAAACAGCUUUUACCCAGAACACUUCCUUGAUGAGAAGGGACAGUUCAUCAAGAGAGAUGCUUUCAUGCCCUUUUCUGCAGGGCGCAGGGUUUGUCUGGGUGAGAGUUUGGCCAGGAUGGAGCUCUUCCUGUUCUUCACAUCUCUCCUUCAGAGCUACCGCUUCACAACUCCACCUGGAGUGUCUGAAGAUGAGCUGGAUCUCAAAGGAAUCGUUGGAAUCACGUUGAAUCCGUCUCCACACAAACUGUGUGCAAUCAGACGCUAAUGAUCCAAGAAAAUAUCAGCACCUGACAAAAGAAAACAAGUACAUAUGAGAUAUGUGAUGCCUGCACUUACUUUUUUUUACUUUUUUGGGGCCCCCCGAAACGGCUCAUAGUCUUUAACCAAUGCACAUGAUCACAAGAUAAACUGAAAAUCUCAAUGAGCUACUGGUUCAACACUGCAGCUACACUGAAUUUUUCACCAACUCAACAUGCAGUUCCCUUCCUGCAUUCAUCCAACACUCAUGCAUGACUGUGAGGUAGCAAACCCAAAGUGUGCCCAACAAUGAAUUUGUCACACAGAAAAACAGGUAACACAGAUAAUUGAACUUGAAAACAUUAAAACAAUGACAUGGCAGACCACAGUCCUGAUCUAAACCUGAUUGAAAAUCCCUGGUAACAACUUUAUAACUGAACUGUGAAGAGAUCAUUAAGAUCACCAUACCUGCCAACACUCCUGUUUUUCCCGGGAGUCUCCCGUAUUUCAGACCCAUUUCCUCCCACCUCCCGUAUUGUUCUGUCUCCCGGAAAACUCCCGGAAUUACAACCAAGCCCCUGCCUCAACUUUUGGUUCAGUUCUCAUGCGCACCGAACCCACCGCACAACCAUCUUCAUACCUGCUUCCCAGUUCGAGUGCACUUUCACCCCCGCUCUUCAGUUUGCACGCACCCUGCCCCCCGCUCUGCACUAUACGCACACUC